GGGGACUUUCGGGGCCAGAUCUAACGUCCUUGGCAUUGAUGUCAAGGCUCUGUCACACCCCACACACUUGACUAACUGGCACCCAUAUUUUCAUCUACGAUGUAGAUUCUACAUUGAAGGCAUCUCUCGCAUUUGUCUGUUUUGGCUACACCAUACAUUUUGAAUUUGUUCUUUAAUUGUUUCUAUCUGGCAACACGCCGCAAACCCUCCGGCGUCAUGGCAUCUCUGUCAGUCCGCGGUCGCGAUGCUGCGUUGGCCAAAGGCGCCACGCUUUUUUGGGAGAUCCUGAAGAACCUCUGGCAUCCCGACGACAACCCAUCAGGCUUCUUGAGCCUCGCAAUGGCCGAAAAUUCCUUGAUGCAUUCCCGUCUCCUACCUCGCCUCACCGAGUGUUUCGAGCCUACGCCUCACAUGUUGACCUAUGGUGACGGCACCACAGGAUCGAAUCGACUCAAGUCUGUCAUGUCGGCCUUCCUGAUGAGGCAACUUGGGCCGACUGUGGCCCUCGAAGCAGACCACAUCACCAUCACGAACGGCUGUUGUUCCGCCCUUGAGCAGCUCGCUUGGGCUAUCGCAGACCCCGGUGAGGCAUUCCUUCUAGGCAAGCCUUACUUCCGAGCCUUCUUGACGACUCUUGGCGGCAGAAUGCACGUUAAUACCGUACCGGUAUCAUUUGCAGAUGCUGAUCCGUUAGGACUAGAGGCCGUGAAGAAGUACGAGGAAGCUUUACUUGAGGCACGGGAAAAGGGCCAAAAUAUCAGGGGGCUCAUCCUCUGCAACCCGCACAAUCCCCUUGGCCGAUGUUAUCCCCGCGAUACCAUCGUCAGACUGAUGAAGCUUUGCCAGAAGUACCAUAUCCACCUAGUCAGCGACGAGAUCUACGCUCUCUCCGUCUGGGGCCCGGGAGAGCAAUUCUACUCCUGCCUGUCUAUUGACACUAAGGACGUCAUCGACCCGUCGCUUAUACAUGUUGUUUGGGGGGCUUCAAAGGACUUUGGGGCCAACGGUCUUCGUAUCGGAGCCGUUAUCUCUCAGCACAACCGGGAGCUUCACACAGCCAUCGCCUUCUCUUCUAUUCACAGCUCGGCCGCCUCCCUCGCAGAAGCAUCCGUGGCUAAUAUCCUCGAGGACACCGCGUGGGUUGAUGCAUACAUAACGGACAAUCGGCUGAAGCUGGCCGAGCACUUCGUACUGGUGGCUAGUUGGGCAGAUAAUCAUCAGGUAUCUGUGGAGCCCGGUAGCAACGCUGCGUUCUUUGUCUGGGUCGAUAUUGGAACACCCUUCCGAGCAAGCCAUCCUGAAAUGACUGCAGACGAAGCUGCCACAGCUUUGGGAAAGGCGCUUUGGGAUCAAAAGGUUCUGCUUGCCGCUGGAGAACAGUUUGGUGCCGAGAAACCCGGAUGGUUCCGGGUUGUUUACUCCCUCGACCGGAGAGACCUGGAUGAGGGGCUGCGUAGAAUAGCCUUGGCCUUGGAGAGCUAG